GGGUGGGGGUGCACGAUGGUCCAGAGGAACAAGAACUGCACAGCCAUCUGGGAAGCCUUUAAGGUGGUGCUGGACAAGGAUCCCUGCUCAGUUUUCCCCUCGGACUAUGACCUUUUUAUCAACCUCUCCUGGCACUCACUUCCCAGAGACAAGUCCCUGUUCUGGGAAAAUAACCACCUCCUUGUUACUAGCUAUGCAGAGAACACCCGUCGCUUAAUGCCCCUGUGUGAUGUUCUGUAUGGCAGGCUUGGAGAUUUUUUGAGCUGGUGUCGGCAGAACAAUGCCUCUGAACUUGAUUACCAAUCCUGCCCUACAUCAGAAGAUUGUGAAAAUAAUCCUGUGGAUUCCUUCUGGAAGAGGGCAUCCAUGCAGUAUUCAAAGGAUAGCUCUGGGGUGAUCUACGUCAUGCUGAAUGGUUCAGAGCAAACAGGAGCCUAUCCCAUUAAAGGUUAUUUUGCAGAUUAUGAAAUCCCAUACUUCCAGAAGGAUAAGAUCACGCGAAUUGAGAUCUGGGUCAUGCAUGAAAUUGGGGGGCCCAGCAUAGAAUCAUGUGGAGAAGGCAGCGUGAAAAUCCUGGAGGAGAGACUGGAGAAGAUGGGGUUCCAGUACAGCUGCAUUAAUGAUUACCUACCAGUGAAGCUCUUAAAGUGUGUGGACCACAGCACUCAUCCUGACUGUGCCUUGAAAUAGGCAGCAGCAUCUGCUCAAAGAGAAGCCCCAUUUCUUCACACAGAUCGAAGUGCCAGCCUAUCAUCCCCAUUUAGUGGUUUCAGUGUCAAAUGCUCAGCUUUAACUUGAAACUCAGCCAUGUU